AAAGAUUGCAGUUUUAUUGCGCCGUGCCCAAUUUGCAGAGAGAAAGAAGAGAGCAAUCGGCAAAAAUGGUGAAGUUUUUGAAACCCAACAAAGCCGUAGUGCUUCUUCAAGGUCGAUUUGCCGGACGGAAGGCCGUCAUUGUCCGUCCCUUCGACGAUGGUACCAGAGACCGCCCUUACGGACAUUGCCUCGUAGCCGGUAUCUCCAAAUACCCUAAGAAGGUAAUCCGUAAAGACUCAGCUAAGAAAACGGCCAAGAAAUCUAGGGUUAAGGCUUUCCUCAAGCUCGUCAAUUACAAUCACAUCAUGCCUACUCGAUACACUCUAGAUGUCGAUCUCAAAGAUGUUGUUUCUGUCGAGGCUCUUCAGUCCAGGGACAAGAAGGUAACCGCUGCUAAAGAGAUCAAGGCUCGGCUUGAGGAACGUUUCAAGACUGGGAAGAAUAGGUGGUUCUUCACCAAGCUUCGCUUUUGAGAUCUUCUGGUUCAUUUCUUUUCAGUAAUGUUAUCGUUUCUUUGUUUUGACUAAGUAAGUCAUUUCAUAUAUAUACUUUAUAUGUUCUGUUGGAAUGUUUUCAAAGUGCUUUUUGAGUUCUUGAUAGUUGUUUGUUUGCU